AUGCCUCUCAGCAGCAAACUGAACCUCGAAGUAGGUUGUAAAACCUGGAGAUUCAAUCAUGAGGACCAAUCGACCGCUGGUGGGCCUCCAAAGCGUGGUGGUCAAUUUCAAUCCCCUAGUCGGCCACGUCCAACAGCGCGUCAAUCUCUAAGUCAUGAUCGACAACCACCACCCGAUGCGACUGUUGUCUCAGAUCCACGCCCUACAUCCGAGCAGAAACGGGCGCCUUCUGAAACCUCGCGUCGAGAGCGCGAAGCGAUGGAAGCCGAAAAAGCCAGGAUUGAAGAGAUGGCCCACCGAGCUGCCGCUGAGCAACAAAGAAUCGAGGAGAUGGCCCAACGGGCUGCUGCCGAGCAACAACGAAUCGAGGAGAUGGCACAAGCGGCUUGUCUCGAGAAGAACCGACUCGAGGAGAUGCGACAAAGAGCUGCUGAGGAAGAGGCCUUUAGGCUAGAACAGCAACAGUUGAUCGAUGACGAAAAGAAGAGAAUGCUUUAUGAGGCUGAUCAACGUCUCCAACAACUACGUGAACAAGUUGCUGCAGUCGAAGAAAAACACCGCGCUGAGCUAGCCCACUGGGAAGAGCGAGAACGACGUGCGACUCUUCUAGAAAUCGAAGCCGAGGCGCGUGCCAAGGCCAGGGACGAGGCCGAGGAAGCCAAAGCCCUGGAACGUAACCGAGCCCUCGAACUCGAACGUGUGGCUGGAAUAGAGCGCGCUAGGAAUGAUGCCAUAGAACAAUAUAGGCGGGUUCAAGAAGAAGUUCGCAGGACGCAAGAUGAAGCCAGACGAGUACAGGAGGAAGAACUUCGGAAAGAGCUCGAUGAAGCUCGUAAGAAGUUUGCGGAGGAAAAAGCAGCUCUCGAAGCAGACCAUCAAGCUAAGAUGGCUCAGAUUAAGGAAAUGCAACUCGAAAGCCAAAAGACUGGAGAAGACUUGAAGGAGCAGAUGGCAACAUUCAAUGGUUGUUCAUGGUUGUUAACGUUUUCUUCUCAUCUUGCAAACAUCACCUUCAUCCUCCUAGCGCGCAAUUUGAAACUCCAAGAAUUGCAAGUUAUGCGUAAUAUAUCCAGCGUGGCCGGCGGAGGCUACCUGUCAUCCGAUCCAAGUGUCACUAAAUCUGCGCCUGCUGCUGCUAAUACCAUUUCUCUCGAUGGACCCAUCCCCGACGAUCUACCACCGGCCGAUCGCGAGAAAUGGGUCAGACAUAGGCGCGAAAAUCUCAAGAGAACCAUAAUGGAAGGCGUAGGACUAACUCAUGGUCAGUCUCACCCUGAUGAAUGGAGACCCUCUGGAAGGCUACCAGGCCGCGUCAUCGGUCUCUCUUCAACAUCCCAAUGGGGUACUCCGGCUCCUCGAUAUCCCACCAACUCUACAGGGCACAAUGCAUUACGUACCCCUUUUGUUCCAGGUUCAAGUGUGAUGCACCUGGAACCAUCACAUCGAAUGGGUCCUGUUCAUCAAACAAGUCAAUAUCCCAAGCAUUCGAGUUCGGGCGGCGCUUCAGCCAUGGCUGGCACUCCUUACCUAAACUAUGGACCUCCACCUGGAUCCUCUAUGGGCUGGGGUGCCCCACACGGACGGUCGGCGAGAAGCGCCGCAGGUAAUCUAAGACCGUACGGAAACCCGGGAGUCUCAGAACCAAACGGACCAAGGCACUACUCGGCUUCUGGACAAGGACAGCAGCCAGAGGAAGACAAUGAGCAAUUCUGCGUAGUUUUCACUUACCUCUACAUCUGCGCGGUGCUCACGGACUCGUUCUCGAGAGCAACACUCACUGUUCAAGUCAUACCCGGGUUUGAGUACGAAAGAAUAUUCGGUGAGGUAUUUGGAAGUACCUUGAGGGAUAUUCCCAACAUACCACCUGCACAUCAGAUGACUGUAGAGGCCCAACAGAUCCUACGGGAAUCUGCGAUGAUUCAACGUCGCUUAGCCGUCAAUGAUUUAAUCCAACGCGCGAAGGUGAUGGGCGCUAAUGGUGCGAUCGGCUUGGGAUUCCAUACAAACCCGAUAUCUCAAACCUGUUGUGAAGUUGUAGCCACAGCGACGGCAGUUAGGCUUGUAGCCUGUGAUAAAAUGGCUGUGUUGCCUAGCAACGUGGAGCACGCUACCCGGAUUGCUCACGAGAACGAACGCUCAGGCUAUCAGCCACCUAAUGCAGGCAUGAAUGGGAAACAAAAUGAUCAGGACGGUCAGAAGAAAAAGAACAAAGGUAAAGGUAAAAAUGGUGGAGAGAAUCAAUCUUCGACUGAUCAAGACCAGAGUGAAUCGACUCAUGACCGAACUCAAAAUGAGGGAGGUAAGAAUAAAAAAGGCAAUAAGCAACAACAGAAGCAAUCGAAGAAUAAUGACAAUGCAGAUUCUGGUUGGGGGAACACGAACACGAACGCCGACUCGAAUGACUGGAAUUCUAAUGCUUGGGGAUGCGGUGAUAUGGGUGAUUCAAAUGCUAACGAUGAUUGUGAGGAGGAAAGCUCGCAACAAGAUGCCUGGGGCUCCUCCUGGCAAGAUAAUCAGGGUAAAGGCGGAGGCCAGAAAGGCGGGGAGAAAAAUAUGUCGAAGAAAGAAAAGAAAAAUCAAGCCCGAGCUUCUCAAAAUCAACAGGUUGAUGAAGACCGAGGGAGGAAUGGCGGGAAUGGUGGUGGGGGCGGAACAUGGGAUGAGCCUGACCAAGGAUGGGGUAACAACAAUGCUGGAAACUCGAACGGACGCAAUAAUGGCAAAAAUAACAACUCGAACAACUACAACAAUGGUAAUAACAACAACAGCAACUCAUGGAACAACAGCAACAACAGCAACUCAAACGGAUACGAUAAUGGCAACAACAGCAACUGGAACGAACGGAACGAUGAAGCAUGUAAUCAAAGAUCUGACAUGAAACGCCAACAGAACUCGUCUGGUGACGGAGAUUGGAAUGCCGAGUCAUCUCAAUCGAACAACAAUUCACAGCAAUGGAAUGACAACAGAAACCAGAAGCAAGGCAACAAAAACUAUGACUCUUCUUGCAAUUCACAGUCGGGUUCGGGUCAGCGCAACAACAAUAACAACAAGAAUAACAACAACAACAACAAUAACAACAACGAUGGCCAACAAAGGAAUGGAAAAUCGAAUCAGAACUGGAAUGGCAAUCAAUCCAAUUGCAGAAACCAGAACAACGGUAAUGGAAAUUCCCAGCAAGAUGACGGAGACGGUGACGCUUGGGGCACAAACAACUCUUGGGGAGGUAAUAACAACCAGAAGACGAACGGACAAGACAGUUGGCAACAGAAUGAAUGCGAUAAUGAAGAUUCCAACGGUAAGAAAAAGGAUAAGCAGAACCAGGAAGGUAAGAAGGGAAAAGCUGGAAAAGGAGCGCCUAGCCAAGCUGAAAUCGCGCGUCGCAAGGAGGAAGCUCAACGGAAUAAGGCCAACAAUGACAAGAACGGUCAGAAGCAGAAUAAGAAGGGGAAGCAACCUCCACCGCCUCCAGAGGAUGACGAUGACGAUGAUGAUGACGCUGAUGAUGGAAUGAUGGGGGGUGCUUUUGAGUUCGCCAAUUACCAGCCAUCUAUUCUUUAUCCAACUUAUGCUCUUGUUUGGCUAACGGCUCUAGCUGGAAUCAAGGCAUCGCACUCAAUCAUACACGCAAAGAACCUGGUUACCCAUUUCUAUUCGAGAGGCACAUGUAGCUAA